AUGGCGUCUAUGUCAGAGUAUGAGAAGCAGCGGCUAGAGAACAUACGCCAAAAUGAAGAGCUACUCAAGUCGCUCUCGCUGCCAGCGACACAACCCGCUCGCAAAGCACGAGCUCCUGCGCCCAAGAAGAAAGAUGAUGCAAAGAAGCGCAAGAGAGAGCCCAGAGAGGCUGCAGGGCCAGCUCGUCGAUCGUCACGAGUGGCAGGACUUGCGGUAGACAGCCAGGAAGCAGAAAAGGCGCAGGAAGCGCGUGAAGCUGAGAUAGCCGCUCUGGCGGAGGAGAUGAAGAGGAAAAAGGGGGAAGAUCGUUUGAUAUCGCUCGUGUCCGGCACAAACGGGCGCACGAUCGAAGUAGGGCAGGAUGACGAGCUACAAACCGGUCUAGACGCGCUACUCGCUCUCAUACGGCAGUCAGACCAUCCGAGACCUUCGUAUGUCGCGGUCAAAGGCGAAGCAGGCCAGACCGUCGCGUCCACGCCCGUCAAGUCUGAGAGCAAGCCAGACGUCAUCAGCCCUAAAGCCAAGCGGGGCAAGGUCAAGCAAGAGGACAUCGAGACGGACACGACGACACCCUUGAGAGCUCCCAAAGUCAACAGGAAAGCCAAAGUGAAAGAUGGUCAGGUCGAGCUUUCCGAAUCGGCGGCCGCAACGCGCGCCAAUGCUAUCUCGCCGAAAGAUGUCACGUCUCUUCGCGAGUCUUUGUCGACGUUAGUGGGCUACAAGUGUCCGGGCGUUGUUCCCAGUCGCAUAUACUCCAUGGCCGUUCACCCCACGGUCAACACCGACCUCGUCUUUGCAGGCGACAAAAAUGGCAAUCUUGGUUGCCUACAAUUCAAGCUUGGAGCGAGCGAGGAAGAGCAAGCAAAGAGCUGGACGUUUCCGAGUCAUAACGGAUCUAUCAGCUGCAUACGCUUCGAUCCGGUCAAUUCACACAGCGUGUAUACCUCGAGCUACGAUUGCUCGGUUCGCAGGCUCGACUUUGAGACGAAGCUGUCGACACAAGUGCUCGAUGUCGAUGCUAUUGUCAAGGCAGACUUUGAAGGCGAAAGCCUGCUGAGCGCAUUCGACUUCACCAGAGAUGGCAACGAGAUUUGGCUGUCCGAUACUCGCGGCGGUAUACUGCACCAUGACAUGCGAGAAGCGCAGAAGAAGACUCGUCGUUGGCUCGGCGGCGACAAGAAGAUAGGAUGUGUCAGUCUUAACCCGAUCAAUGAGCGCUACAUCGUCACUGCGCAUCUCGAUCGCGACGUUAGAGUGUGGGAUGCAAGAGCGCUAUCAAAUUGCUCGGUCAUAUCGUCGAGUCAGACGAACGUCAAGGACGCUUGCUUAGCGCGGUACGAACACGGCUACGCCUGUUCGUCUGCAUACUGGGAUCCAUCUGGCUCGCACAUCCUCACGACGAGCUAUGACAACAAAUGCCGGAUCUGGGAUGUAGAUUCAUCCUCUGCAACGGGCGAGAUUGGCUUGCCAGCCGUCUUUGAACCAGCUGUGAGCGUGUCGCACGACAAUCAGACCGGUCGUUACGUUUCCGCCGGCUGGGAUGUCCUACAACAGGUCUUCAAAGCUCAGUGGUCCCCUAAUCCAGACGUAUUGCCUCAUUUCACAAUUGGCAACAUGAAUCAUCGACUGGAUGUCAUUGCUGCGAAUGGCGACACGAUUGCCAAUCUCUGGACAGACGCAAUCUCUGCCACUCAGGCCGUCACGCAAUCGCAUCCGAAUUUGGUCAAUCGUGCUUAUUCGGGCAACGGUAGCGGAGCUGUCAUGAUCUGGGCGCCAGAAAUCUACUUGGCUUUGCGAUGGUCGUCAAAAGCGUUGCCAAACUACACAGCUUCUACGGCCUCGAAGCAUCCGAAACAAGCGCAAAAGGCUGCCUCUCUUGAUCAGCAUUCGCAUAACGAUAGACCUGCCUGCAUACCUUCAAACACAGCGCAGCACAGCAGACAGCGACAAGCAUCUUCACAGAAGCCGCCUCCACCUCGCAGAGCCUCGGCUUCCGUCACCUCAGCGACUGCGUUCCCGACUGCAUUCAUCUUGACCGUCUCUUGCGGCGGCUGCGAGAUGGUCGUUUGCGUACUGGCAGUCAUUCUGAUUGCACUUGUAUAG